AUGAACGAACAAGCGAUCCUGCAACUUAGAGAGCAGACCGUCCAGAUUGUCAGCGCCCUCAAAGCUUUUGUCAACGAAAAAUGCAAAAAUGAGGAUAAAUUCAGCCUAGUGUUGAAAACCGCUGGAAGUACCUUUCUUGCAUGCUAUGUCUACGACAUUGUCUACAAUCAUGACAAACAUUUCACCGAUCGAGUCAAGACACAAUUCUUUCAAAAACUACGCGUUCUGCCCGUCAUUGGUCCAAAAAUCAAAGCUGAGGUCGAAAAGGCGAAAAGUUCAGUGAGAAACAACAAGGACUUGUACAACCCAUCCUAUUUGCUCGAGUUGCCUGCCAAGUCAAAGACGGUAGACGAAAUGAAACUCAUUGUACAAGAUUACCUCGAAAUGGACACGAUUGAUUGGAGAAAUGGAAGAGUGCAGGGAGCUGUCUACGACCACGACGCAGAUCUUAUCGAAAUCUCAGCGAAAGCAUAUGAAAUGUUCAUGUGGUCAAAUCCACUUCACGCGGACGUUUUCAAGGGAGUCCGAAAAAUGGAAGCAGAAGUUCUCGCCAUGUGCUUGAAACUGUAUAAUGGCCCGAAGGACUCUUGUGGCCUGUUCACAUGCGGAGGCACGGAAUCUAUUGGGCUCGCAGUUCUCAGCGCUAGGAACAUCGCCCUAGCGAAAGGCAUAAAAUGGCCUGAAUUGAUUAUGCCUGCUACUGCACAUCCCGCUUUUGACAAGGCCUGUGACUACUUCCGAGUUAAAAAGAUCAAAGUGCCUGUUCACCUAACUACAUAUGAAGCCGACGUUCGAAAGAUGAAAUCAGCUAUCAGCAGUUCCACUUGCUUACUUGUCGGAUCUGCACCGACUUACCCUCAUGGAGUCUAUGAUGAUUUCGCGAAGAUAAACGAAUUAGCUAAAAACUACAAUAUUCCAUUUCAUGUCGACUGUUGCUUGGGUGGCUUUAUAAAUCCAUUCGCUGCUGCGGCUGGAUACAGGAUCCCGACUUUUGAUUUCCGGCUCAGUCAUGUGACCUCGAUCUCAUGUGACACACAUAAAUAUGGGUAUUGUCCAAAGGGGUCGUCUGUUGUUAUGUUUCGAACGCCCGAAAUACGCCGAGCAGCAAUCUACAGUUGCACUGACUGGCCUGGUGGAGUUUACGCCACGCCAACUUACGCAGGAAGUCGUUCGGGAGCAAGCAGUGCAACUACAUGGGCGUGCAUGCUUAAAAUUGGGCAUGCAGGCUACAUUGAAAGAACAAAGUCCGUUCUCGAUGCUGCACGGGCUUUGCGAGAGGGAAUAAGUAGAAUCGAAGGGCUGAAAAUUAUGGGAAAAAGCAUCGGCACUGUUGUCGCAUUCACAUCCAAUAAGGUCAAUAUCUUCCAGCUUAUGCACGAUCUUGCUUCAAAGAAAAAAUGGAUUUUCGGACCACUGCAAUUUCCAUCUGGGAUUCACAUCACUGUAACGCGAACGCACACUAAGUCCGGAGUCGUGAACACAAUUUUGAAGGACAUUGAAGAGCUAAACGCAGCGCUCUUAGCUGCGGGCUCUGAAUAUGUGAGUGACGCAGUAGCGGUUUAUGGACUCGCACAGACAAUACCAGAUAGAUCUAUCGUCGGAUCUAUAGCUGCAACUUUUAUUGAGACCUGUCUGGAUACAAAUGUCCAGCAAAUUGCUGAAGAAGCUGAGGAUACAAAAAGAGGCUGA